AUGGCGAUUACAGUGGAAAAACCAGGAGGUGGAGGGCUGGGUGCGCCGGAGCCGGUGGCCCUGCGAGCGCUGCGCCUGGAGGCCCAGGGCCGUGCCACCGCCUCCUGGGGCCCAAGCGCCGGAGCCCGCGUCUCGGCCAGCACCGCGACUCCAGCCGCCGCCUCGGAGGUGGAAUACCUGGACGUGCGCCUGAGCCUGCGCGAACCCCCGGCCGGUGAAGACAUCAUUUUACUACAGCCUGGAAAACAUGAAUUUCCAUUUCGUUUCCAGCUUCCAUCUGAACCUCUGGUCACCUCGUUUACUGGGAAAUACGGAAGUAUUCAGUACUGCGUGAGGGCUGUUGUGGAACGACCCAAGGCACCUGCCCAGACCGUGAAGCGGGAUCUCCAGGUGGUCAGCCACAUCGAUGUCAACACGCCAGCGUUAUUAACCCCUGUAUUGAAAACUCAAGAGAAAAUGGUUGGCUGUUGGUUUUUCACGUCGGGCCCCGUCUCGCUGAGUGCCAGAAUAGAAAGAAAAGGAUACUGUAACGGAGAAGCUAUUCCCAUCUAUGCGGAAAUCGAGAAUUGUUCCUCUCGUCUCAUCGUUCCCAAGGCGGCCAUCUUCCAGACCCAGACGUACCUGGCCAGCGGCAAGACGAAGACCGUCCGGCACAUUCCAGACAAUGUGUACAUCCACAUUCCUGGUGCUCAGAAGCUGAUGCUCGAGCUGCCGUUAGUGAUCGGCACGGUUCCCUACAACGGCUUCGGGAACUGCAGCGUCCCCAGCCACUUCAGCGUGGACAUGAGCUGGCUCACGCUAGCCCUGCCAGAGCAGCCCGAAGCCCCACCAAAUUACGCAGACGUGGUAUCCGAGGAGGAGUUCUCCAGGCACGUCCCCCCUCUCCCUCAGCCUCCUGACUGCGAGGGAGAAGUGUGCUGUCCCGUGUUUGCCUGCAUUCAAGAAUUCCGUUUUCAACCUCCACCUCUUUACUCAGAGGUCGAUCCACAUCCCUGUGACGUAGAAGAUACCCAGCCUGUCUCCUUCAUUCUCUGAACACACGCUAGAAAUCACUGUGCUCCCCAUCACACGGGAACGUUGACUCUUUUCCACCUGCCUCCUCGGGGGCGAGGGAAGGAAGACUCACUUAAGAACACGCGUGGACAUCCAGACCGAAGGCGGUAGAAAUGAAAUAUAAGCACUCCGAGUGGGCCGACGUCAUGUUUGCACACGUUUCUGUGGUGGUGACAGGGUCCUGCUAAAGAAUGGAGAUGCGGGAAGUGACAGAAGGUAGCGGAAGUCGCGAUGGUGCAGAGUACGUGAGGGAGGUCUGCGCUGUCCCACGAGGCGGGCGUCUGUAGAUGGUGAGGAUGCUGCAAGCGGACUUGGGAGGGGUUUCUCAGAGGGAGGCGGAACCAUCCUAACCCGAGGCAGUGUAGACGAGACAGAGUUGGAGGGCGGAGCCGUGCGUGGUUGCAGGAACAGAAAAGCGGCCUACUCCACCCACAGAGCGAGACCCUCAGACUUCAGGGUCUUUGUGAUUUCUUAGCGUCUUCACUGUAUUCGAGGACAGGCACCCUGGGGGCUGUCCUUUGUUGAGAUGUUGGCCGUAGGAGGUUUGAAUGAAGUCAGUUUUCACUCUUCCAGUCGGAGGUCAAGAUAGAGCGUACGGCUUGGCCGUUCAGUAUUUACAAAACCAAGAAAGGGUUCCAUGAACGUCUUAGUGCAGAGAGGAAAGUAUUGCAGUACGAGAUCACAUUUUACUGAAGGCUGUCAUUUUCACCCCCCUGUAAGAACUUUUCACAGAAUCCCUCACAUCUUGUUUACCUAGGAGCACAUGUGAAAAAAGAAGAGCAUGGGGAGAUUGCAUCUUCAGGAUGUGUUGAGAACUACACACAGUCCAUAGGACAAAAAAAAAAAGCCUUUUCCUAACCUACCUCUUGCGGGGUUAUACGUCUUUAAAACUCUGAUCAGUCUUUGGCCUGUCUGCUGUUUGCAGCGAGCGGUCUUACUCCCCCCUCUCCUAUCAUCAGAUCCGUAACUAUAAGGGAAAAGCCCGCGAGCUUGGCAUGAAGCAGAAGUCAACAGACACACAUCUAAGGGUGUUUCAAAACACCGACGCAGGGGACCAACAGUUAGCAUAAUGGCUAUGUCGCUGGACUCCCACGUAGUCAACCACGGUUCGAGUCCCGGAUCCGGUGGCUUAAACUCACGCCGG